GCGAGACCAUGGCCGCAAACAAAUAAUCAAGUAGCACGGCGCCAGAAGGUAUUCACGGAGGCACUCUCUACACAUCCUCAACGGGAUUCCAACCCUUACCUCGCAAGACCCUCGUCUAUAAAGACCUCUCAUCCGUCGGAGGGCAGGUAAUAUCCUACUUGACUCGAGAUGUUAAGCCCGGAAAACAUAUAGGUCAACGUUAAUACAGCUAUACCGCGACACUAUCCUAAUAGUCCCAGUUCCCACACCUCUCCUUUGGCUUGAAUGCUCCUUUCGCAUCAUUCAAGCCAACCACAAGUCCAUCUUCGACGAACGCAAGGAAGACGAGAAUCGCUUGGCCUCAGGCUAUGCUCCUUGUACCAAGGCUACUCACAAGCUCAGGUUCGCAGCAGUUUUCAUGUCUCCAAGUCUGCUAUACACGAGGAGGCAAAAGGGCCGUCGCUAGUCUCCUAUUUUGCCCCUGAGACGUCGGGGGAAAUGGGGGUCAACGGGAAUGCUGACGAAGCCAACACCAGGACGGAGAUUGUGACGUCCGGUGUAUCCGGGGCCAAGCAAGCAGGAAACUACGCCGAACUCCCUCUCAAGCUCAAGAGACACCAGCUUCCUUCCAACGCAAACAUUUGCUCCUUUUUGUACUUCACAAAGCUGAGCUGGCUUCGAGCAACCUCAUCGAAGGGCGGGUCUCGAUACCUAGAGUAUGGGUGGCAUGCUAUCGUCCUCAUUGUAUUUAAAAGAUACUUCUUCUUGGUGACCGUGAGUAAACAAGAACCUUUUCGGCGCUCAGUGAACCUUUUCUUUUCCUCGAUGCUGCGUCACGCGUUGUCGAACACUUGGCAGAGCCAAGAUCAAGCUCUUGAGUCGCCCAGAUGAGCCUAUCGAUCCGACAGACGCAACGCGGUCUCCGCAGCAGUCAAGGUUUCGAGGUUGCAGGAAGCCUCAUUUAGCAUGACUCGAUGGCAAUCUCAUCUCAAAGACUCUUCAAUUUCACCUUGGAUCUAAAGCCUUCUGGGUGAUUUAAUGAUUGAAUGCUUCCGCUCGGGGACCUUUGAACUGUCAAGACCUCAAGCAUCGAGCAUAGCAUAUAAGACGCCAAGAGGUACCUUUCUCUUGAAAAGCAGCUCUCACGAGACUUUCCUAGCAAGCAUGAGAACCAGUCGAGCCAUUCGGCCUCUUCACAAAGACAAUUCGCGCCUGCUGGA